AAAUGAGCGCCAUGAACUUCCCACGAUCCUCAAUCCAUCAACCAAAACAGAUCUUCCUGCCAAGCUCUGCUUGCCCAUCUCUCUCGUUCUCCGAUCCCUAGAACCCUCACAAAACCAGCAGAGUUUCUUUCCGAUAUUUUUUGCUGACAAUGGCCGCCGCCCAAAAGUCGUUUUCGAUCUACAAGUUUGCUGAUGCCGGCCGCGAUCUCGCCCAGAAAUCCCAGACCGGUGAGUUACAUGUCAUUGUCGGUCCCAUGUUCGCCGGGAAAACGACUGCUCUCCUCCAUCGUAUCAAAUCCGCAGGCAACGGUGGCAGAAAUGUCGCAAUGGUAAAAUCGAGCAAGGAUAACAGGUACGCUAUUGAUUCAGUCGUCUCCCACGAUGGUUUGAAGUUCCCUUGCUGGGCAUUGACGGAUCUCACUUCCUUCGAAAGGAAAGUCGGAGUGGAAGCUUAUCAGAAGAUCGAAGUGAUUGGAAUCGACGAGGCUCAGUUCUUUGAUGACCUAUACGAUUUCUGCUGCAAAGCAGCGGAUCAAGAUGGCAAAACUAUAAUCGUAGCAGGGCUUGAUGGAGACUACUUGAGAAGGAGCUUCGGGUCUGUCCUUGAUGUGAUACCGCUGGCUGACACAGUGACGAAGCUGACAGCGAGAUGUGAGCUCUGUGGCAAGAGAGCGUUCUUCACGUUGAGGAAGACGGAGCAAACCGAGACGGAGCUGAUAGCUGGAGCUGAUGUGUAUAUGCCAGUGUGCAGGCAGCAUUAUGUUAAUGGGGAAGUGGUUAAGGAAGCCACGAAGACUGUUUUGGGGACCUCUUCUAAAGCUGUUGGGGCUCAUUGUUCUUCUAGUGGUGCUGAUGUUGUUGCAGUUGUGUAGUGCUGGGGGAUUGAAAUGGGUAUUAGGAAGGAUGGAGCCUUGUUUCAGUGUUGUUUAUUUGGGGUUUUCCAACAGUUUCUUGUCUUGCUUCUUAUAGUUUGUAUAGUGUCCUGAUCGGUUUUAUAAUCAAAGUUCAUAUGGGAUAGUUUGGCUAGAAAGCUGGGUGUUUUCAUUGGCCUCAAUUUCCACAAUUGUAGUAUUUAAAUUCAAUUCUUACAUUUGGCUGGGC